AUCAUUUUUUCUUUGACUUUAGGCCUGCACUGAGAUUGAGAUGUGCUUUGAGAGCAACAAUGUGACAGACAUGUUUCCGGCCAUGCCGUUCACUGAGCAGCAGAGGGAGCAGUACUGCUCAAACAGAUGGGGAGUUGUGCCACGGCCAGGGUGGCUGAAGACACAGUUCUGGGGCAAUGAUCUCUCCACCGCAAGCAAUAUCAUCUUUUCCAAUGGUGAUCUUGAUCCUUGGGCUAAUGGAGGGAUCAGGAAGUCACUCAGUCCAUCGCUGAUUGCUAUUACCAUCCCGGAGGGAGCUCAUCAUCUGGAUUUAAGGGAGUCCAAUCCUGCUGAUCCAGAGUCUGUGAUUGUGGCUCGCAAGAAAGAAGCUGAAAUCAUUGCACAGUGGGUGAAGACAGCAAGGAGGGAGCCAUUAUGAGAUUAAGUUAUGUUCAAUUUAUUUCAGCAUUUGUAAACUUGUAAAAUAUUAAGGAAAUCCAUUUAUUGUCAAACAAAACAUUAUGUACAAGCUCACUCUUAAGUCUAAAUCAUCAUUUGCACAUUGCCAGUUGAGUUAUGUUCUUAAAUGUGUCAUUAAAAAGAGUAUUUACAACUAUAA